AUGAUUUUAUCCCUCUCUGUCGUGGCCCUUUUUGCCAUCAUUUCUGGGGCUCAUGGACUUUCGAAGACCAACCACCUGAAGCAUGUCACGUCAGGUUUUAUCACCACGGAGGUUGCUAAGGGGGCCCAUGCCCACGGAAGAGGGCGCGCGAAGGUGCGAAGCAGUGUGCACAACUACGGGUACAAUGCGAGCGGUUCGCUGGAGGACAAAAUGGACCUGCUGCGCGAGAGAGUUAAAGGAAGAAACAAAGAGGAGCCAGAGUUUCUUCAAGCAUUCGAAGAAGUGCUAGUGUCCCUCAAACCAUUAUUCAAAAGAAACAGUGUGUACCUGGGUGUGUUAGAGAAUAUUGCUGAGCCAGAGAGAGUAAUACAAUUUAGAGUUCCAUGGGUAGAUGACAGAGGAGAGCACAGGAUGAAUCGUGGGUUCCGAGUUCAAUACAGUUCAGUGCUAGGACCAUACAAAGGAGGUCUGCGUUUCCACCCUAGUGUAAAUUUAAGUAUUAUGAAAUUUUUAGGGUUCGAGCAAAUAUUUAAGAAUAGCUUAACAACGUUACCUAUGGGUGGUGGGAAAGGUGGUUCCGAUUUUGACCCCAAAGGGAAGUCUGCAAAUGAGAUUCUUUCCUUUUGUAAAUCCUUCAUGGCAAAUUUGUUCAAGUACAUUGGCCCCAAUACAGAUGUGCCUGCAGGAGAUAUUGGAGUUGGGGGGAGAGAGAUUGGGUACAUGUUUGGUCAGUAUAAAAAGUUAAGUAAUGCUUUUGAAGGAGUGUUAACAGGGAAGAAUGUGAAGUGGGGUGGAAGUAACAUCAGGUCGGAGGCUACGGGAUAUGGCGCUGUCUAUUUUGUAAAAAAUGCAUUAGCAAAAAUAAAUGAAGAUUUAAGAGGUAAGCGGUGUGUUGUUAGUGGAAGUGGCAAUGUCGCUCAGUACUUAGUGGAGAAGCUUCUGGAACAAGGAGCAACUGUUUUAACCAUGAGUGAUAGUGAUGGGUACAUUUUUGAACCCAGUGGUUUUACGAAAGAACAGCUAGCUUAUGUGAUGGAGUUAAAAAAUGUGAAGAGGGGAAGACUCAAGGAUUAUGCAAAUUGGUCUUCUACAUGCAAGUACGUUGAGAAAGGGAAACCCUGGGAGGUCCCAUGUGAUUUAGCAUUUCCCUGUGCCACGCAGAACGAGAUACAUGAAAAAGAUGCUGACCUGUUAAUAAAGAACCAAUGUAGAAUGGUAGUCGAGGGGGCAAAUAUGCCUACCCAUAUUGAGGCCAUGCGCUUAUUGAAGAAGAGCGGGGUUGUGAUUUGCCCAGCGAAAGCUGCCAAUGCUGGUGGGGUAGCUGUGAGCGGACUUGAGAUGAGCCAGAACUCUAUGCGGUUGCAGUGGACCGCAGAGGAGGCAGAUAAAAAGCUGCAGGCAAUCAUGAGGAGCAUUUACGAGCAGUGCGACAGCGCGUCUAGACUUUACUUGGGCGAGUCUGACCUUGUCGCAGGCGCCAACAUUGCGGGGUUCCUCAAGGUAGCGGACUCGUUCCUGGAGCAGGGCGGCCUCUGA